AAAUGUAAUAUUUUCGCACAUGCGCAGUAGAGGCUGUUUCCCACCUCCGUGGCUUCACUGCCUGAUCCCUCCCACCUUCCUGUUCAGAACCCGUAUGUAAACAAGGGAAAUAUGGCGGCCCCCUUGAGUAGGAUCUGUGGGAAGCUCGGGAGGCAUUUGUCCCGACCAUGGUGUGUGAGGCAGUGGAGCCUGCAGCGAGGGACGUCCCGGUCCGCGGCAGAAGCAGCUGCAGAGCAGGGAGGCAUGGUUUCUGGAGUUUACCCACCAUUGCAGACCUACUCGGAAGAGGAAACCAUGAUGAAGGAGGCGGUCAAGAAAUUUGCCCAAGAGCGCAUUGCCCCAUUUGUGUCAAAGAUGGAUGAAAACUCUUCCAUGGAUCAGGUGGUGAUAGAUGGUCUAUUUGAGCAAGGGCUGAUGGGCAUUGAGAUCGACCCAGAUUAUGGUGGCACAGGUUCUUCAUUCUUCUCCUCCAUCCUGGUCAUUGAGGAGCUGGCGAAGGUGGACCCCUCAGUUGCGGUGCUCUGCGACAUCCAGAACACGCUGAUCAACACACUGGUCACUAAGCUUGGCACCGAGGCCCAGAAACAGCAGUACCUCCCCGCACUCUCUACAGAUAUGAUUGGAAGCUUCUGCCUGUCAGAAGCUGGGUCGGGGAGCGACGCGUUCUCUUUAAAGACGCGUGCGGAGAAACACAAGGACUAUUUUGUCAUUAACGGCUCCAAGAUGUGGAUCAGCAAUGCAGAGCAGGCUGGGGUCUUCCUGGUGAUGGCCAACGUGGACCCGUCGGCCGGCUACAGAGGAAUCACCUGUUUCAUAGUGGACCGGGACACGGAGGGGCUGGAGAUCGGCAAAAAGGAGAACAAGCUGGGACUGCGCGCCUCCUCCACCUGCCCCCUCAAUUUCGACAACGUCAAGGUUCCAGAGAAGAACAUUCUGGGGAAAGCCGGUCAUGGCUAUAAGUACGCCAUCGGAAUGCUGAACGAGGGGAGGAUUGGGAUCGCAGCUCAGAUGCUGGGGCUUGCUCAAGGCUGCUUUGAUAAUGCAGUUCCUUACACCAGGCAGAGGGUUCAGUUUGGCAAGCGGAUUUUUGACUUUCAGGGCAUGCAGCACCAGAUCGCCCAUGUGGCCACUCAGUUGGAGGCGGCCAGGCUCCUGACCUAUAACGCAGCUCGUCUGAAGGAGGCUGGUAGACCCUUCAUCAAGGAGGCCUGCAUGGCCAAGUACUUUGCUGCUGAGGUUGCGACUUUGACAACAUCAAAAUGCAUAGAAUGGAUGGGAGGGGUGGGCUUCACUAAAGAUUACCCUAUAGAGAAGUACUACAGAGACUGCAAAAUAGGUACAAUUUAUGAAGGCACUACUAAUAUCCAGCUCACUACCAUGGCCAAGUUCAUUGACCAAGAGUAUGACCACUGAACUAUGAACAACAGCUGAACCACGACUUUUCGACGAUUCACUGCUUUUAUAAAAGACUAAGGACCAUAUUUACUAAGGAUCUGCGGGGCUUUUAUAGAUUCUAGCGAGACAAAUAGCGUUUUUCCAUAUUUACUAAGGUGGUAAAAUGAGAGAAAUGCGGCAUCCCUAAACUUUGACAUAUGAUUUGAUUUAUUGUACAUAAAAUGUAUUAUUAUUAUUAUUAUUAUUAUUAUUUACUUAGCUCACUCAAAAACAGUUUUCUGGAAAUAUUUCCCGCAGAGGUUAUAUCAGUGUGGCGUUCCUUUGGAAGGUGGUAGAGGAAAUGAAAUGGCUACGGUAGCCACAUUAUAGCCUACAUUACGUUAUUGAACGUGAUCCAUUUAGAAAGCGUUUAUGGCGAUUCUUCUCUACGUUUAAAGCACGUGCCUCCAUCCAGAGAAGUUGCGAGACAGUGACUUUGGAGAUGGUUGGUCUUUGGAUACAAAUUAAACAACUUGAAAUAUUAAAACUGAGUUCUGAAGUUUUUACAGAGCGGUGUUGCUUUUCUGCCAUGCGCAAAACGCAUCUUAAAUGCCGGCAGUCCAUUCAGAUAAACUCACUGCGGCUGUGCUCAUUUACAUGACCAGUGUUAGUAAAUACCCCGCUAAAUUGAAAACAUGCAGCGACGCAGAAUAAUUAGUAAUCAGUAAUUUGCCGCAUGCUUAGUAAAUAUGGCCCUAAGGCAGGGUUUGGAGCGUGGGUGGGAAAAUGCUUUAAGAAGUUGUGUAUUUUUUGUAGAAUAUUGCUGUGCUGAACCUUUGUCGUCAUGACAACAACAGUUUAAUCAAGCAUUUUAAUAUCAGUGUGUAGUAGUUUUGAUUUCUUCACAUAUCAACUAUACACUAAAUGAUUACGUUCUACUCGGCGGGGAUAUCCAAUAACCUGUUUUUAAAUUAUACUGGCAGGACACAUGAGCAAAAUGUACCAAUAUUUCUUGCUGCUAUCCCACUGGCUGUUUGUCAUUAAAUGUAAAUCCAGUAGUGUCGAUGCGCUACUGUUGCUAAUACGUUAGGCAGCUCUUUGACUAGUAUAGUGAAGUUAAGAAAACUGUUACUGAUGACUGGCACUAGGUGUGCUAUGUAUAGUAUAAAAAGCACUCCCACCCCCCUCCCCCCCCAUAAUUCAUUUGCAAUUCCAAUACAGAAUAGAUUGGUUCCACUUGAAUUUUUCUGUCGUAACAAUAAGGUAGUUCUGCUUCCUUUAAAUGCAGUUGACAAAUUGAGAAAUGCAAGCAUAGCUUAAAUGGAACCAUGUUAUGUUUAAGUAACCAAUUUAAAGCAGUGUUCCGCUUCCGGUUUCCUUCCCAUAUGGCUUUUAUUGAGACAGUAGCUGUGUUUCCCUUGUGGUGUUUUCAUGUCCGUUUCCAGGUUUUUCAAUAAUGCUCGAAGCACAGUAAUAUUUUAGGGCAGUUUAAUCAUAAUCGCAAAUACAGGUGUACGUGACUGAAUGAGAUUUGUAUCCAGUGUCCUUUGUUCACUGUUCCUCGUGAAGGUUUGUUCCUUAAUUUUUCUGUUUGGGUGAAUUUCAGAACUUGUGCAUGUGUCAGUGCCUUAAGGUCAGAAUUAUUUUUUUUGUCCAACCACACUGCCCCACCCCCAUGUCCCCCAGUAAGAGAUUAGAGACAAAAAGCAGGGGGAGAGCAGCAAUA